CUCGCGAUCGUUUGUUAAAAAACCUGCCUAUGUCCAGUGGAGAAAUGGCUGAAGCUUCCUUACCGUCUUGCCGGUUUUUCUGCCACCGGUGUUCAGCAGAAAUAAGCCCUCGUUUACCGGACUUUACCUGUCCACGCUGUGAGUCUGGAUUCAUUGAGGAAUUACCAAAUGAAAGGAGAACUGAAAAUACCGAUAGCACUCCAUCUACAUCCUCUGCAAGGGAACAGACACAACCUACCUUUCAGCCGACCAUGAAUCACCAGCACUUGUUCACCUUUCCUACUGGGUACAGUCCGUUCACUCUGGGAAUUUUCAAUGAAAACUUUGAACUCAGAACUUGGCUACCCACAGAAGAUAACAGAGCGACAGAAAUUCAGCGGGAGCAAGAAAUGGAUCCGCAGCAACCGCGGGGGCGACAUGCGGCUCAACGACAGGGUACACGCCACGAAGGAGUUCCCACAUUAGAGGGAAUUAUCCAGCAGCUAGUUAAUGGGAUCAUAGCGCCAACGGCCAUGCCGAAUAUUGGAAUGGGAUCAUGGGGUAUACUUCAUUCAAACCCAAUGGACUAUGCCUGGGGAGCAAAUGGACUGGAUGCCAUCAUAACACAGCUACUCAACCAGUUUGAAAACACGGGUCCUCCUCCAGCGGAUAGAGAACGGAUCAAGAGUUUGCCCACAGUCUGCAUCACAGAAGAACAUGUGGGCGCUGGUUUAGAGUGUCCCGUGUGCAAAGAAGACUACCAUGUGGACGAGAGCGUCAGGCAGCUGCCGUGCAAUCAUUUGUUUCACAAUGACUGCAUAGUCCCUUGGCUUGAACAGCAUGAUACCUGCCCAGUGUGUAGGAAGAGUCUUAAUGGCCAGAACACAGCCACAAACCCACCGGGUUUAUCAGAGAUGAACUUCUCCCCCUCCUCAUCGUCCUCUUCCUCUUCCAACUCACCAAGCAAUGAAAAUGCUUCUGGCAAGUCCUAGUCUCCCUCUCGCCCUCAUAUCUGGAAACCUCACGCUCUCGAGGAGUCUUCUCGACAGCGGCCACCAAAACAGCUAUUAGUCUUAAUUCUUACGGACAUGUAAGUUGAGAUGAAUUUGUCUCAGACUUCGUCUCACUCAUCAUUCCUCCAUUUGUGUUGACUGCUGGCCGGAUGCUGCUGCCACUUUUAUAGUUAUUAAGGACAUUGGCCUUGGAGCUGCCGCCGGGCACUGAAACAAAAAUAAAAGGUAGAUUCUGCCACAAGGUUUGGCACACAUUUUUCUAUUUCCUAGUCAAAGUACUCUUUUUACAUGUUGCCUGUAGUGGCGGAGAUGCGUGGGUAUCAAAUUAUUUGAACAAUACUGAGCCAGUGAAUCAAUUCCUGUGUGUGUGCGCUUCUGACUGUAUUUCUUUGCACAUUUGUUUUGCUUUUUGAUUUGCACAAUGGUUAGUAUUUUAAGGAGACAUUAGCUGAACUACAAAUUCUUUUUUUUUUUCAGUAGUUUGGUUUUUAUUAAUAGAUCCAGUGUGUGUGGUGGUGCAAUUUGGGUGAUUUUAUGCUGCAUUUUUAUUAUGAGAGGAAAGAAAAAAAAAAUCAAAAUUUUAUUUAUUCAGCUUAUGCCAUCAGUACCAGGGCAUGUAAAAAAAAAAAAAA